UGACGUUCGUUCAUCACGUUGUUUUAACAGUAUGGACGCGACACAACUUAUAGCUAUUGUGCAAGGAUAUGAAGAAUUGUAUAAUUUUAAUCAUCCUGAUUAUUCGAACCACCAAAGAAGGGAUAUUAUCUGGGACGAAAUCGGAAAGAGAUUAAAACAAAAAGGCAACGUAUGUAAGGAGCGAUGGACUAGAAUCAGAGACAACUAUAGAAAGGCUUUGAAUUUACGCAAGACAAAAAGCGGACAAGCAGCAUCGAAAAUAAAACCACCUAAAUUCUCACAAGAACUUGCCUUCUUAGCCCCAUAUGUUAACGAUGAUGAAGAACAACAAACAGAUCUAUCACCAAUAUAUGUUAAUAAUAACGACGAAUCACAGUUUGAAGCACAGUCUGAUUCAAAUAGUAUACAUCACAAUGAAUUAACUGAUACACCAAAUCCACUUAUCAUAGAAUCUGCAACGUCAUCGAGAAUUCUAGAUAGGAAUUCUAGCUGUGUUCCAUCACAAGAAUUACAUACACCAGAAGUUCUACAAGAUUACUUAGCAAGAGCUGAACAAAAUAGAAACGAGAAUGAUCCUUUGCUUCAUUUUUUCAUCAGUAUGGCAAAAACAGUAAAAACUUUCCCUUUACAAGAUCAAAUUCAAAUUAAAGCUCAAUUAUUUGAAAUUGUUAACAGCGUGGAAAUGAGACUUGCAACGACUCCUAUUGAAACUGAUACUAAAUCCUAUGGGGUCUGGUUCAAAUGAGAACCAGCAGCGGAGCAAGAGCUGAAUUUGAACGAAUUAUCUUUCGUGUAGUCAUCAUGUGGCGAACAACCAUUUUUUACUUUAAUUUAUAUUUCUUUCAUAAAUGAUUGUUAAAAUUACGUCAAUCUGUCUGUGUCUUUGUGUACGCGAAUCUCAGAAACAACUUAACCUAUUCAGGUAUAGUUUUCACUGAUGUAUUACAUAAUUAGAAUUAGCUGUCGCCCGCGACUCUGUCCGCACGGAAUUAAAAAAAG